CGUCACGGUGGGCGGAGCAUCGCCCCCGGUCCUGGCCGCGGCUCCCGGCUCCGGCUCCCGGUGCGGGACGCGCGGAGGGCCCCGGCGAGGCCAUGCGGGUCCCGAGCCCGAGCCCCCGUGCGGCGCGGCUCCCCCGGUGGCGGCGGCGGGCGCGGGGCGCACUCUGAGCCCGGGGAUGCGCCGGCGCCUCGACCAUGGGCGCCGCCGCCUCCCGGAGGAGGGCGCUGCGGAGCGAGGCCAUGUCCUCCGUGGCGGCCAAAGUGCGAGCCGCCCGGGCUUUCGGCGAGUACCUGUCGCAGAGUCACCCUGAGAACCGGAACGGAGCAGAUCACCUGCUGGCUGACGCCUACUCUGGCCACGAAGGGUCCCCCGAGAUGCAGCCCGCGCCCCAGAACAAGCGCCGCCUCUCGCUGGUCUCCAACGGCCGCUACGAGGGCAGCCUCUCUGAGGAGGUGGUCGCCGGGAAGCCGGCGGGAGAGGGCCCCCAGCCCCGCGUGUACACCAUCUCCGGGGAGCCCGCCCUGCUGCCCGGCCCCGAGGCUGAGGUCAUCGAGCUGGCAGUGGUGAAGGGGCGGCGGCACCGGGAGCACCCCCACCACCACAGCCAGUCCCUGCGCGGCAGCCACGAGGAUGUCAGCACACCCUGCCAGAGCUGGGCGGGCAGCCGCCAGGGCUCCCAGGAGUGUCCCGGGUGCGCCCAGCUGGCUCCGGGCUCCUCCCCUCGGGCCUUUGGGCCGGACCAGCGCCCCCUGCCCCAGGCCUCCAGCCGCCGCAAGAAGCUGGAGAGGAUGUACAGUGUUGACCGCGUGUCUGACGACGCCCACACCCCCAUCCGCACCUGGUUCCCCAAGGAAAACCUCUUCAGCUUCCAGACCGCAACCACAACUAUGCAAGCGGUGUUCAGGGGCUACGCGGAGAGGAAGCGCCGGAAACGGGAGAGUGAUUCCGCGUCCGUAAUCCAGAGGAACUUCCGAAAGCACCUGCGCAUGGUCGGCAGCCGGAGGGUGAAGGCCCAGACGUUCGCGGAGCGGCGCGAGCGGAGCUUCAGCCGGUCCUGGAGCGACCCCACCCCCAUGAAAGCCGACACUUCCCACGACUCUCGAGACAGUGGCGACCUGCAGAGCUCGCACUGCACCUUGGGCGAGGCCUUCGAGGACCUGGACUGGGAGGCCGAGAAGGGCCUGGAGGCUGUGGCCUGCGACGCCGAGGGCUUCCUGCCGCCCAAGGUCAUGCUCAUCUCCUCCAAGGUGCCCAGAGCGGAGUACAUCCCCACCAUCAUCCGCAGGGACGACCCUUCCAUCAUCCCCAUCCUCUAUGACCACGAGCACGCGACCUUCGAGGACAUCCUGGAGGAGAUCGAGAAGAAGCUGAACAUCUACCACAAGGGUGCCAAGAUCUGGAAGAUGCUCAUAUUCUGCCAGGGCGGCCCGGGACACCUGUACCUGCUCAAGAACAAGGUGGCCACCUUCGCCAAAGUGGAGAAGGAGGAAGACAUGAUCCACUUCUGGAAGCGCUUGAGCCGCUUGAUGAGCAAAGUGAACCCAGAGCCAAACGUCAUCCACAUCAUGGGCUGCUACAUUCUGGGGAACCCCAACGGGGAGAAGCUGUUCCAGAAUCUCAGGACCCUCAUGACCCCUUACAGGGUCAUCUUUGAGUCCCCACUGGAGCUGUCGGCCCAAGAUGAUCGAGACCUACUUCGACUUCCGGCUGUACCGCCUGUGGAAGAGCCGCCAGCACUCGAAGCUGCUGGACUUCGAGGACGUGCUGUGAGGCCAGGCGGCCCCUCGCCGCGUCCUGGGCGCCGCCGGUCCUGGCUCAGGUCUCAGCCCGCGGAGCGCCCGCGGCCGCAGAACAAGUGCAAUUCCCUCCGGCCCCGGGAGCCGGUGCGGGGCGCCCGGCCGCGUGGUGCCCGCCGGCCGCGAACCCAUCACCAGCACGGGCGCCUGGUCGGCUCGCGGGCGCGCCUCUGCCCGCCCGUCCCCGCGGGUCCCCGGUGGGGGGUGCUGUCUCCAGGGCCCGCCCUCCGCCCCCCUCCCGGAGGACGGGCAGUGCGGGCCGGUCGGGCGGAGCGGGCCCAGCCACGGCUGGGUCCCCGUGGGUGAGACCCGCCCACCGCACUGGGGGCCUGGACCCCACAUCCAGGCCCAGGAGCCGAGCGCUGGCGGGCGGGCUGGCACCGGCCUGGCCCUGGCGGCACUCUUGUACAUACAGCUGGCGCUGGGGGCAGGUCCCCCUUUGCAGAGCCCGGGUGGGAGGGCACCUGGCUGUGCCCGAGGCUGAGCGGGGGCGGGAGUGGCCGGGCUCUAACCAUGUACGAUAUCCGUAGAGUGACCAUUAAAGCUGACCCUCCGCCGCUC